UGGCCGGAUAGAGCACCGUGUAUCCAGCUGCCUCUAUGGAUCUUGUCCUUUGAAUGCGAUGCAGAAGAAUGCGGUAAACCCCGGUCAAGGGACUGCGGCACUCCAACACCACAUUGUUCCUCAGGCUGAAUGAUAAACAUAGGAUAAUUCUGCAUCAGGACCAGACAUGUGACAUCACAGAAAGCAGGAGGUCUCGCUCUGUCUCUAUGUCUUUCUGUUAACACUAAUGGAGUCACAGAAGCGGCAGCAUUUAACCUGAAGAGGAGGUCCGUAUAAAAACCCUGAGACACGGCAGAAGUCACAGCACAAAGUGAAGAGGUGUGUGCAUGUGAGAGAGAGACACUGGAUAACAUUACUAUGGAUUUACUGCCACUGUUUCUUCUGCUCGGCGCCGUCCAUCAGACCUAUUCAGCUGCUGUAGACAGAAACCUGUUCACAGAGCGCGCAUGCUGCAGGCGCCAGAGUCACGUGAUCUACGUCGGCAGAGAUAUUUCAGGCAGUCCUGUGAAUGUGGAUGUUGGCGUGUGUAAAUCGCAUUGUGGUCAGUCAGUAUCAUUUGACACGAAUCUUCGGGCCUCCAGAUUUUCCUCAAUGCUGGAUUACCUAAGGAACAAGAAGAUGGGACGGCUGGAGCCAUCAUCAUCAUUCUCAGGGGCAGCAGACCUGUCCUGUGGUCUGAGCUCCACCUGUGAGCCUGCCGGUGUCCGUGUGGACAGAGUGAUGCUAUAUGAAGGUCUGCGUGAGGUCGAGAUCAUUCAGGACUGCCACUGUGAAGCCAGAAUGAUUCAGUGCGUACGAGCACCGGCAUUAAAGACAUACUACUCGGAGACGCCGUAUGAGACUGUUAUAGACGCUGGCAAGUGUGUGGGAGUGAAAGGAGCACCAGAGGGAUUUUCAUGCGUUCCCACAAAGUUUGAUUCCACCCUCAUUGAAACUCCAAACAAAGUGGAAUUGAUUCAGACUGUAGCUCAAUGUAAACUGAUGGAGGGCUGCUACAGAAUCCCAUAUGUUGAGUAUCACUACGAGACUACGUACAGCGAUGACGGAGUCAAGGUGGAAAGUCUCAGGGAAAUAGAUGUGGGCAGAUGUUUGGGAAGCUGCACCGCGGGGAGUUGCUGCCUUCUCAGAAGUGCAUCUCAUGCAGGGGAGUGUUUGCUUCGGGCUGAAGGUCAAGUAAACGCUUGUGUUCCACAAGACUACGAGAGUCACACUUUCCUCAGUCAACAUGGUCAAAUCCGCACAGUCCUGGCCAUCACCUCCUGUCUGUGUCAAUCUUAAACACAGUGCCCACCUCUGGAAACUGCGAUGAAUUCAGAAUUGAAUGAUUUUUCCACAAUGUUGCAUGGCGCUAAUGUCAAGGUCUUAUGGGAGGUGCGAAUGAGUUAAGGAUAUUUUAAAGGCGCGCUACAGGUAUGCAGU